GUCAAACCAACCACACACAGCCCAAGAAGAUGACGAGGAGACGACUUGAAGAGACUCGAAAUAUGCGGACGACAAGGCGUGUUCUGAUGUGGCAGAUUCUGUUGGUUCUGUCAGUCGUCGCACCUGCCCACUGCUUCUCAUUGCCCCGCAGCAAUUCACCCUGGAAAGGCAGCAUUCCCGAAUCCACCAUUCUUCCACCACCACAACCGUUGCCCUCUGGAAGUCGGCUAUUCUCGACAAAAAAGGACGAAGAGAAGCCGCCUUCCUCAUCAUCAUUGGCAAAAUAUCAUUUGAUAUGGUCACCCCGCGUAUGGCAGGGGUUGAUACUGAGCUCCGUGUCUUUAUGGUUGACACUUCGGCAAGUUCCAAUCCCCAACUUGCGGCCCAAUUCCGUCUGGUUGCAAACUCUGCUGCUGCCCACUCUGUCCAGUGCUUGCUGUUGGAUCCAAAUUCUAUUGAAUGCCACCACGGCUCUGGGAUGUGCCCAAUUCAAUACUUACUUGGGACCCAUACGGCCCUUCUUUUUGAGUCUGUUAGCCUACCUCACUGUCGUCACACGACACCAAGUAACACCCGCCUCCAUGGUCCUGAGAUGGACUAUUGCGCUCUUGCCCGAAUUCUUGCAUUUGUGGAAUACUCGGUUGCGACUGUGGUUCUGGAGGCCCCAAUCUACUACCAGUACUACUACUAGCAGCAGUAGUGCCCAAAAGGAUGCUUCUAAAACUACCAGCAAUAAAAAGGUGGAUGUCGCAGUCUACUUGGAUUGUCCUACCAUGGGAUGUGUGGCCUGUGUGCAAAAUGUCAACCAAUCGCUGCAAAAGGCCCUGUCGGAUACUAGAGACAUUCAGCAGAUUCAGACGGUGGAUUCCUGGUUAUUUGAAGGCAAUCGCAAAGGGGGCAAAGCCAAGGUCAAGUUUGCCAUGAAUGACAAAGAGGAUCCAGAAAAGAUACUGCCGUUGUUGACCAAGGCACUGAAACGGGCAGGCUUUCGAUGCUCGGUGGAUGUCGUGCGAACAACGACGCCAGUAGGAUAGUAGUACGUACAGGACUGACUCGAAACAAUCGACUUUCUGUUCUGCCAUGUCUGGGUUUUUUGGAAGGUCAGGUGAUGACCCACCAUCUAGCUAGUGUUGUUUUCUUAGUCUCUUUUAUAAAAAUAAGCAUGUAGUAUACCGUAGUUAUGAUUUC